AUGUCUGAGAAGUCUGGCGCUAUGCAUGCCACUGACAGUGAGCAUGGCGUUCCUCACUCCAUUAUCAAUGCACCGCCACCUGUCGUCGAGGCGUACAAGCAUUCCUAUGCGGACCCUGCACCGCUUGGAAUGCUGGCUUAUGGUACCGUUUUUUUCUGCUCGUCCCUUCUGACAUUGCACGCUGGGGGAGUACAGUCGGCAAACCUAGUUCUGGUCUUCGCAGUAUUCUUCGGCGGUAUCUCACAAACAUUAGUGGGCAUGUGGUGUAUGUUCCUCGGAGAUACAUUCUCGGCGACGGUCUUCGGUGCAUAUGGCGGCUUCAACUUCUCAUACGGUGCGCUUUAUCUACCACAGAUCGGACUAGCGGCAGCGUACUCCGUUGACGGAGUAGUAACAGAGGAAUUCUCGCACGCUAUCGGCAUCUACCUGGCUAUCUGGGAUGCGAUCACUUUGCUUUUCUUCAUCGGUGCCCUCAGAACGACUCUACCCGUCUGCGCAACGCUUGGAUUCACCGUCCUCGCUCUAACGUGCCUGUCGGCGAACAGCUUCACCGGCAACCCUCACCUGGGUACCGCCGGCGGUGCGUUCGGCCUGUGUGCGACCGCGGGUGCGUACUAUGGCGCCCUUUCCGGCAUAUAUACGCGCGCAUCAACCUUCAAGGCAAUCCGCCUACCGCCUGUAGUGCUCGCGUAUCAGAACGUUUGA